AAAUGCUCAACCAUCUAAUUAGUACUAGUGUUAUUGUAUACUAUAGUCACUACAAAUGUAGUUCUGUUCCAACUUUUAAUGUAAUAACUACCUAUUCAGAAUAUUUUCAAUUCUUAAUAUUAUGCAAGUAUAAUAAAUCAUACGAUCUUAUUUUCUGGAACCAUUUAUCUAAAUUAAUUAUAUUUCAGUAAGUUUGUAGGGGAAACUGAACAGUGUAACUGUAUAAGUCUCUAAAAAAUGAAUUAUCUACGUACAGUUAUCGAUGAAACCAAUAAAGAUAUAUUUUCUCGGUUCAGACCAUUGUUGAAAAAAAGAAAUACACAAUAUAAGAAAUGGAACCAAAAACUGUUUAAGUGGCCUUUCAAUGUAAUUUGGUUCGGCGUAUUGUUACUGGGUGCUGUUUAUGUUUUGUACAUUUUCAUGAACAAUGUCAUACAAUCGGAUUCUAGCAAUGUCCCAAAAAAUAAACCUUCAUUACAUAUCAAGAGUAUUGCAACCACAAACGAUGAUUUCUUGAAGAAAUGUGCUCCUAUAGUUAAAUGUGAUCCAAACGCCAAAUACAGAAGCUUAAACGGAUCUUGUAAUAAUUUGAAAACACCUACGUGGGGUGCAGCAGCAACGGCAUUUCUUCGGUUGCUUGAUGCUAAUUUUAGUGAUGGUUAUUACGGUUUACGAGUACAGACAAAUGGAAGUGCAUUACCCUACCCCAGGGUGCUCGACGUUAACAUAUUUCUUAACCGUGAAAUAUAUAGAGUAGAUGAAAAUAAUGUACUUUUAUUGCCAUUUGGACAAUUAAUAGCCCAUGACAUAUCAGGUUUGCCCAAUGAUCUAGUAUCAGAUGAGAAUGGUGUUGCAAUAGAUUGUUGUUUAACUGAAAAUAAAAUAAAGAAUUAUACUCAAUGUCAAAUAGUGCUUGAAAAUUUACCCGACGAUCUUGUUUAUGGUGUGUACAAUAAAACUUGUUCGCCUAUAUUUCGAUCACUGACGUCAAGAAAUUACAGUUGUCCCUUAUACCCCACAACAUUUAUCAAUGAUAAUUCUCAUUUUAUUGACGCAUCUGAAGUGUACGGAUCAAGUGAAAGUUAUGCACUACAUCUUAGAGCUAUGGAAGGUGGAAGACUUAAAUUCUCUAUAGGCGACAAUGGUCAAAUGUUCUGUCCGUUUCUAACCAAUCAAAACAAAGCAACAAUUGAAAAUAAAAAAGCACAUAUCAAAUACGAUACAGGAGAUCCAGAUAACGGAAAUCAAAAUUUCGGAAUUACUGCAAUGCAGACUUUAUUUUUAAGGUUUCAUAAUUAUAUCGCGUUUAAGCUUUCGUCUUUAAAUCCAAUUUGGUCCGAUGAAAUUAUUUAUCAAGAGUCACGAAGGAUUGUAAUUGCAACUAUUCAACGUAUCUCGUAUGAAGAUUUCUUACCGAUUAUUAUUGGAGAUGAUUUCCAAGAAAUAUAUGGAUUAAAUGAAGCAAAUAUAUAUGAUCCUACCAUAAAUCCAUCCACAUCCCUUGAAUUCUCAAGUGCCGGAAGUCGAGUUCUUCACGCAAUCAUACCGGUUGAGUUUAAUUUUGUGAACAAAGAUUACAAAAUAGAUAAUUCAAUAAAAAUUACGGAUUGGAUGGUAAAAUCAGACCUAAUACCUCUAGGUGAUAAUUUUGAUAAAUUAUUAAAAGGUUUUAUAGAGACUCCUGGACGAAUGGUUCAACCUUCAUACAAUUUUUAUAUAUCUAAUUAUAUGCUUGCCCUACCAAACAACCCUCCAUACAAUGGUCGUGAUCUACUUGCAGUCGAUAUUGCCAGGGGCCGCGAUGUGGGCUUACAACCAUACAAUCAAGUUAGACAUUUUUGUGGGUUUCCUUUGGCCAAGGACUUUGAAGACUUAGCGGAUCUUAUACCUAUAAAAGACGUAAUCAAAUUAAAAAAAAAUUAUAAUUCGGUGAAUGAUAUCGACUUAAUGGUGGGUAUUUUAUUGGAAGAACACAGUGCCGGUGCAAUUGUGGGCCCAACUGCUCGGUGCUUAAUUGCAGAUGGGUUUUAUCGAUACAAAGCUGGUGAUCGCUUUUUCUAUGAUGUAAAAGGACAACCAGGCAGCUUCACCGAUGAUCAACUGAAAAUGAUUAAGAAAAUAACUCUUGGUCAUAUUAUAUGUGCUACUUCAAACGUAGACCAUGUACAAAAAGACAUAUUCAAAACAGUCGACCACAAUUUAUUUCCAACUAUCAAAAUUAAAUGUGAUGAAGAAUUUAAUUUAAACUUUAAAGCCUGGGGAGUGGUAAACUAUCACUCAGAGCUGUGAGCUACUUGAAACACUUGAAGCAAUAAGAUAAAUAUUUACUGUCCAUUAUAAUGUUAUACAAUGUAUUAUGUUAAGUCUAUUAGAAUUUUCUUAGUUUGGAUAAGUACCUAUAUCGACCUAGUGUUCUAAUUAUUAUGGAUAUUUAUUAUUUACCUAUGUUUAUAUAUCUGAUUUCUACUGACUAGUGACUACUUCAAUAUCUACCUCAAAAAAUAUAUUAAUAAAUUACCUUAUAUUUUUA